GCUCUGCUCACCUCCUCCUCUCUGCUCUGUUCACCUCCUCCUCCUCUCUGCUCAGCUCACCUCCUUUCUGUUCACUGGGAGUUGAUUGUCUCAGCUAACCACCUUUAGUCAGUUCUAGAACAACAGGUUGUCUUUCACAACAACCAGUUCAUAGAUUCCCCCCCACCCACAAAAAGUUCAGUAUUUCCUUCUCACAUCCCACAGUGCUUGCAGAGAGGGGACAUAUCAGAGACAACCACAGACAUAAACAUGAUUUUAGCUCAUAGUUACAUCACCCAAAACAUGCUCCAGAGAAAGGGCAAUUUUAACACCUGGCCUAGGGGUUAGGGUUAGUCUCCGGGGUUAGUCUCCAAUUUUUUUUCUACGUUUCCUUCGUCAACGCUGUUUUUCACCGUAGGUCAUAUAAGGCACAAUAGCUGGGAGCCUCAAGAGAACAUUCUGGAUCCCAGACUGAUGUCUGCCUUCAACAAGAGGGAGCAGGAGAAGGACAUCGUCUUCAGGAAGCGAGGGAAGAGACCCAGGGGAAGACCGCGGAAAAAUGUGGAAACGGUACCCGAGGCUUCCAAGUCCAACACCUCCUCUUCAUCCUCCUCGUCCUCUUCCUCCUCUUCAUCCUCCUCUUCCUCUUCCUCCUCCUCUUCCUCCUCCUCGUCGGAGGAUGAUGACGACGGCGAUGCGGACGCCAGUGACGGCAAGGCCAAGCCGGUCCUCCGAGCGCGCGAGCUGCACCCGGUACCACAGAAGAAGGCCCAGAUCCUGGUGGCCAAGCCUGAACCACAGAGGAAGAGAGGCAGGAAACCUCUCCCACCCCAGCUCAAGGCCUUCCCUCCCAACAAGGCUGCACGCAAGGUCCUAAAGCCCAUCCCUUCCAAAGAUUCGCCCACUUCCCCCUCUACCGAUCUACGGGGCGGGUCCAAAAAGUCCCUGCACCCACCCAGCUUCACCUUCAUGGGGUUCCACCGGGCGUCCGGCCAGAGCAGGGGCCCCGUGACCCAUGCUGGAGUGGCCGUCAAACCUCCCCUGAACUCAGCAAGCUCCCCCCGCUCUCUCUCUUCCUCCUCGCCGGCGCCUCCACUCUCCUCCAUCACCUCCCCUUCCUCCCUCAACGCGACCAGUCAGAGCAGGAAGGGCUCUGAUCUCCAACAGGCCGUGUGUGACCCUGGCAGCGGGGCGGGGUUGGACCUGAAGACCAACACCGCCAGAUCUCCCGGAGCAGCCCAGCUCAGUCUCCACGGCAACAAACUGGUAUCCACCAAUGGGAGCUCUGCCCAGGCUAGUGUGGGCCAGCCCAGCUUGGGACUCACCCAAAAGAAACAAGCUCUCCCCGGGCAGACCCCACUAACGAGGGUCCCCGGUCCGAAACCCCCCCCGUUCUCUCCCCAGAAAACCCCCACCAGCCUCCAGCCCCUCAACCUCCAAAACGUCUUAAAACCCGCGCACGCCAACAACCCCGCCGCCGUCGGCAACGUCACGGCGCCGGCCUCUAGCCUCCGCGUCGCGGCCGCCAGCCCGGCGACACGUAAGGCUGCUGUCGGGCAGAGCCCCGCCCCAGCCCCCGCCCCCGCCACGCCCGGAGGCCAGACGGCCAGGAAGACCCAGCCAGGGGCGGAGGAGCCGGGGGCCACACCCGGGGAGAGGCCGACCUCCAGGACCACCCAGGGCUGGGCGGAGAGAAACCCGUCCGCUGAGUCCCCGGGCCUAAGCGGGAAGCGUGAGAGGUCAGCCUCUAAGGACGGGAAGCUGGGGAAGAUGGCCGAGAUGAGCACGGGGGAGGAUGAGAGCAGCUCAGACUCGGACCAGGAUCCCGGGGCGGCUCAGGACCUGUCCAUCUCCGUCCAGACCGGACAGGACUGGAAGCCCCCUCGCAGCCUCAUCGAGCAUGUGUUCGUCACGGACGUCACCGCCAACCUGGUCACCGUCACCGUCAAGGAGUCUCCCACCAGCGUCGGCUUCUUCAACCUCCGCAACUACUGACCUCUGACCUCCGACCUGUCAAGAGCCUUACAGUUACGGAUCCCAUAUCCAAUCGCCAGCGUCUGGUUAUCGAUCUAUUGAUAUUGACAUUCAAUCCAUCCCCGGUUACCAUUUAUUGAUCUGUUGAUAACCCGGUCACCAGCUUCCGGUGGAUGAUCUAGCCAUCCCCGGUUACCGGGUUCUGGUUAUUGAUCUGUGACCGUUGGUCAUGGACGUUGAGCCCACCAUGUGAAGGGGCUUUUCCAGAGGGAGCCAGGUCCAUGUUCAGGGUCAGGAUCUGGGGCUUGCACCAGCAGAGCAGGGCCUCCCAACCAUGGAGGUCUCAACGGACUUCUGAAUAGAGAUUACUGGUUGUCUAUAAACCUGUGAAUCAUUUAGUUUGGAACCCUCCUAUUGUCUUAAGAAAUAGUAAUACCUAUUACUCUUGGGUCCCAGUGACCAGGGUCAAAUACAUCUCAUAACUCAAAAUCUUUGAAUGUAAAGGUGAAAUUUGGCUCAUUGGUACAGCUAUAAGUUUGGAUUCCAACCAAAUAGUCAUAAACAACAUCAAUGUCAUCUAAACAUACACUAAUUCAAAAGAAUAAUAGACAAAAAGAGCUGGUCUUAGUCUAAUCUCUCACAAGUGGCCUUCCUGAUAUGUUUGGACCUUACAGGGACUGUUACGGCCCCAAUCAGUAUUAUCUCAGGUCAUAUUGACCCCAAGACAUUAGGCGAUGACACUGACAAUUAUAAUUAUAAAUAUCCCCAAAUGUCAACAUUCAGGGUCAUUUUAGGAAGCUACAUAGAUUAAUGUUUUGUAUGACUUUCUUAGAUUUGAGUAUAAUUUGGGAGCCGAGGACAAUAGGAGGGUUAAUGUUUUGAGGCGACUAAAAAAAAGACCAGAGAAAGGGAGGUUCUUUGAGUUCAGUUUUGAAGGAUGUUUAAAACCUACAGUGGUAUACUAGGACAAUGAAGAUGGAUAAUCAAUCAUUACGACAACCAUAUACACUCUGUUACUGAACACAUGGGGUUAUUUCAUGGCAUGUACCAAUACAACAUAUGUAGAAACUGGAUAUUGAAUAAGUUGUCUUAAUAAGAGGGAAUUAUGUUGUGUUAGCUAUUUAACGAGGACAGUUACUUUUUUGUUUUGUUUUUUUCUUUCAGUAUUUAUGGGUUUAAAUGCCUACGCCUAGUCAAUGUAGAACAACUUUAAACUAGUGUUUUGAAUCAAAGCUCUCAGUGAAUAGAGUGUUACCUAGCAAUGCAUCUCGUUGGUGACAUCGUAAUUUAGCUACCUCUAUCUUGUAAUCCAACCUUUACCACCUAUCUCCUGUAGUCUUUGUUUUAAAGAGAUCUUUGAGGAAAGCUAAAGUUAAUUAUGUGUGUAGCAAUGUCAUUACCAUCCCCCUGUAUUCAGCGGAUGUUUACCCUGCUUCAAUUGUUUCUGGAAUCAAAAAGUAUAAUUAAUAAUAAUAAUAAUAAUGAUACAGUACUUUCUUGUUUUUUUGUAUUUUUUUGUAAAGGAAAGGCUCUAAAGACAUUCAGCUUAACCUUUUAGUAGCAUGUUUUCGGUUUUCUCUUCUGUAUUUGGUUGUCAUGAUGGUAGCUCCAGAGAAUGAACGGAUGAGAGUUGAGGACAGAAACAGAGAGAGACCGAGGAGUAAGGCCAAGCCACAGUUAUCUCAUCAGUUAAACACAAGAUGGCAUUCCUGAGUAGAGUUCUUUCUGUUGGAACUUACAGGCUGGAGGUGGGGGGGGG